GGCAUCCCUCCCGACCAGCAGCGUCUGAUCUUUGCUGGCAAGCAGCUUGAAGACGGACGCACCCUCUCUGACUACAACAUCCAGAAAGAAUCUACUCUGCACUUGGUCCUGCGUCUCCGUGGUGGUAUGCAGAUCUUCGUCAAGACCCUUACGGGCAAGACCAUCACCCUGGAGGUGGAGCCCAGCGACACCAUUGAGAACGUGAAGGCCAAAAUCCAGGAUAAAGAGGGCAUCCCUCCCGACCAGCAGAGGUUGAUCUUUGCUGGCAAGCAGCUGGAAGACGGACGCACCCUCUCUGACUACAACAUC